UCGUGUUUCAAAGGAGUCGGAUUUUUUUAGAUUUGCGUUUUGCCACUAAAAGACUCUAAUGAAAAGUUGGAUAACAACAGAGACAUUCGGAAAAAUAUCCUUAAACUUUACUAAAUCUACGAGCCUGUAAAUAAAUGCAAUGUCGGUGCACUACAAAUUCAAAAGUGCUCUUGAUUUCGACACAAUUACAUUUGAUGGCUUGCAUAUCAAUGUUGCGGACCUCAAAAAGGCGAUAAUCCACCAAAAAAGGCUGGGAAAGAAUGUUGAUUUCGACCUGCAGAUCACUAAUGCCCAGACAAAGGAAGAAUAUAAUGAAGACACGGCGCUAAUACCCAAAAACACAUCGUUAAUAAUUGCUCGUAUUCCAUUGGCUCCAAAUGCGGCAAAGCGUUUUCAAAGUCUUGCACAAAGCAAGAAUUCUGUAGCGGUCACUGCAAAUAAAGCUGAAGGCGAUGCCAAACAUGUAGACUUAGCGGCAAUGGACGGAAGUGAAACGGACAAAAUUAACGCGAUGAUGCAUCAAAGCACAGCAGACUACGAUCCUACAAAGUUCUAUAACAAUAGCUAUCAAAAAGUUCGUGGUGGAGGCCAGAUUGGAGAAGUACCACCCACAUAUCGAUGUCAUAGAUGUCAUAAGCCAGGACAUUGGAUUAAAAAUUGUCCUCUAGGACCAAUUCAAAGAGACAUGCCUGAAGUGAAACGAAGCACCGGAAUACCCAGAUCAUUUAUUGAACGAGACAAAAAUGCAACAGUUGAAAAAACGCCAGCAGUCAUACCGGAAAUGCCCAAAACAGAAGUACCUGAAGAUUUGAUCUGCAGCAUUUGCAAGGAUUUGUUUACAGAUGCUGUGAUGAUACCAUGUUGUGGAAGUUCUUUUUGUGACGAAUGUGUAAGGACGGCAUUACUAGAAUCGGAAGAAAACGAAUGUCCUGACUGCCAGGAAAAAGGAACGUCACCUGCAUCAUUAAUUCCUAACAGAUUUUUGCGACGUUCUGUUAAUAACUUCAAAAAUGAAACUGGAUAUAUUGUUCCCAAAAAGCAAAAAGUCGAUCGUACGCAAGAAACUGAAGAAGCAAUUCAAGAUAGUAAUACAGAACCAAAUGAAGUUACGGAGACGGAGCAAGUUGAACAGAGAGAAGAUUAUUCAGAAAAUACGGAUCAUAUGUCUCAAGAAAGCGAAUCGGAAAAGAUGAAGGAAGAACAUAGAAAAACCGGCGAGGACUCCUAUCUUAUGGAUAUGCAUGCAAUUUCAAGUAAUCCUCAGGAGUCACAACACUAUCAUGAUUCGGAGGAUUAUAAUAUCACAACUGACCUAUAUCACCGAUCAGAAUCAGGACAUGAACAAUCUAAUGAAUCUCGGUCGGGACCGAUUCCUCCAUAUAACAUGCAACAAAUCCAUGGGUAUCAUAACCAACCAUAUCCUCAUUCAGGUGGCGCGCCACAGCAUAUGAAUCAAAACUUCAUGAUGCGACCUUAUAAUCAACAUGGAUAUGGCCGUCCUCCUUACAUUCAGCAAAGAGGAUAUGGACACGGAGGAUAUCCUCAGAGAAAUCGACACAUUGCUCCAUACCCUGAUGUAAAUACAAUUUAUCAAGGAGUGGCGCAACAAGUUGGAACAGGGAUAAUUGAUGAUCCUUUAGAAGCAUUUAAUAGAAUAAUGAGAGAAAAAGAACGUGCAAAAGAGGAACAAGCUCGACGCCGUUCUCCAGGGUUUAUAAAUAAGUAUAGGAGAUCAAGAACACCGGAUCGUCGUCGAAAACGCCGUUCGAAUUCCUUUGAAGGAAGCCCGAAACGUUUCGAUCGCAGACCUAUUGAUAGAAAAAGACGUCGAUCAAGAUCCUUCAGCUCAUCAAGAUCGCGAACGCGUUCCCCAGUUCGAAAAAGAUCAUUCACUCCUCGCAAAUAUUCAAAGUCACCCAUUAGGCGAUCACGAUCUAUUUCACAACACAAUAGACAGCAACAUCGAAGUCAAAGAAGGGGUGACUACCGAGAGUCUUCUGAUCGCGGAGGUGCAGCACGAAAAGAUAAUGAUAAUAAAAAAUCCCCAGUCAGUUCUUCAAGAUCAAAAUACAAAGAUUCGCGACAUAGAAGUAAAACAAGGGAUAUGAGGAAAAAGUCUCGAAGUCGAAGUCCAAAUCGUGCCACUGGGAAAAAUAACAAGCCAACAGGAGAAAAGGAAAAGGAUAGACCGCGUCGUAGAUCCAAAGAGAGAUCGCCUUAUCAUGAUGCAUCUAUUAAACAUAUUCCACCAUCAAAAGCUAACUACACCAAUAAUGUCAACAAUGCAUUCCCUUUGGAAUUUAACGAUGUUUUGCCUCCGGGCGUAGAAGCUUUUGACGAUGAAUCGUGGCAGACGAAUGAAAAAUAUGUGAUCAACAAGGCGCCAAAUUGUGAAAAAGCAGAGAGGUCUGAAAAUCAAACAAUUGUCAAACAUCCAUCGUCCGAACUGACUGGUCAAAAACAACAAGAACACGAAAACGAUGAAUCUAAAAGUGCGAAAGAUAGAAAGGUUAAUAAGGAUAAGAAGCGACGUAAAAAAGAAACUGAAAAAGAAAAAGACGUGCAUGGUAAGAAAAGUAAAAAGCACAAACGAGAGAAGUCAGAUAGGGAUGGGUCUCACGAAAACUCGAAAGUAGAUUCUCUUGAACACGCAGAGUCGAAAAUAAAAGAAACGAUCGACUCUGAUGUGAAACCAAAAGAUGUUACAGAAACAAUAAAAACGAAUGAAAACGACAAAACUUUAACACCUCCUCUUUCUACAAUUACUAAGUCAGAUUCUGUAUUAGAUUUGUACGACAACAUUGACCUUGAUAUUUUUGGAGAUCAGUCCUUAAACCAAUCAGACGACUUUUUAGCCCUUCCUGAGCCUUCGAAAUGGGAAGUCGAUGAAAAACCAACUGACUCUGGAUUGGAAUCCAAGCGACGAGAAACAGAUUCGCGGGAGCAGUCAGCGUCAAAAAACAUGAACACGGAUAAGCCAUAUGGUAAGGAUAGCUCACCUAUAUUGUCAGCAAUUGUGAGACCGAGUUCAGACAGCACAGUUUCUACUUCGGUGCACAAUUUAAAAAUAAGUGUUCCAGCGAAAUCCACAAAUCAUUCUGAACGAUCGAUAGAAUUAAAGAGUACUUCUAAGCAUGACAAAAUGAAGAGCGUUGUUAGUAAUGAUGGUAAGGAAUCAAAGAAGCCCUCUAUCAAGGAUCGUUUGGGAGAAAAGAUUAAGGAAAAAUCUUCAGAUAGAAGACCAACAGAUCCCGGUAGGUCCUCCGGUAGUAGCUCAAAAUUGGCCUCAGCAGCUCUCAGAAAUGACAAUGGCAAAAACGAAAGGGAACGUGACCGAGGCAGAAGCAAGUCGUCUCGCUCGCAUCAACAAUCUGGUAGCCACCAAAAUUCAGAUAAGGCAGAAAAUAGAUCAUCACGACCACGAUCACCUUUUACACAUAAGAAAACGGCAGUUCCUUCAUCAAAGUCUAGUAAAAGCCGUGCAUCAAGCACAUCAUCUUCCUCAAGCUCGGAAUCGAAUGAAGGUGAAAUGCGAACAAAACGAAGUAAUAAAAAGGAAAAGAAAUCAAAGAAAAAGCGCAGUGGUAGUAAGUCUUCGGAUAAUGAUUCAAAUACCUCUAUAGAUAAAAAGAAGAAGUCUAGCAAGAAAAAGUCAAAGAAGGAAAAGAAGAAGAAACGAGAAAAGGAAAAAAAUAAGAGCUGAAAAUCGUUUUAGAUAAAAGGUAGUUUGUGGAUAUAUUUUACAUAAAAAUAUUCUAUGUAUGUAUUAUAUUUUUUUUUAUCCGAACCACUUCUUAGGAUUACAAAACUUGCUAUUUAAAUAAUAAAUAUAUUAGCGUGAAAUAAAAUUUUU